CGAGCCGAGCUGGGCCCACCGGCGCUCCUCCGCGCGCGCGCGCGAUGGGCCGCGAGGCGCACAACCUCAGGCGGAGGCAGAAGCUCAUCCUCAAACACACGGGCAAGGCGUACGAACCGUGGGCGCAGCAUGGGGGCCGCUCGAGCGCCGGGGCCUGGCGGCAGGAAGGCGCCGGCUCCUGGGAGCAGGGCGCCGCGUGGCGGGCGCCUCGGAGGGCGGCCGAGGGCAGCUGGACCGGCUGGGCGGCAGGCGGGCGGACGGGCCGGGAACCGCGGCAGCGGUCCGCCGUCGGCAGCAAGCGGAGCGCGAUGCUGGAGGAUAUGAGGAGGCUCGCGUUCGGCGAGGAGACCUUGCCGAAGCAGGGCGGCCGCCCCCCCGCCGGGAAGAAGAAGAAGAAGAGCACCAGUGCGCGGCGGGCGGCGUCUGCGGCGCUGGCGGCGGCCCCCGCAGGACGCAAAACGCUAAGGCCUGUGUCGAAGGCCAGCGAGACGGAGCCAGGUCUGCGAAAGAAAGCGCCUCGCAGGUCGAAGGCCAGCGAGACAGAGCCAGGCUUGCGAAGGAAGAAAAAGAAACCGCUUUGCAAGUCGCAGACCACCAAGACCGAGCCAGUUCUGCGAAAGAGGAAGACGACGCGCAAAGCCGCGGCGAUGCAGGAACCCGAGCCCAAGCACAGCGGGCGGCCGAAGCGGGCCACGGAGGACGGCGCGGACGGCGUACCAGAGCGCCUGUCCAGGAGACAGCAGCGCGUCGCCAAGCUCCUUGAGCGCAAGAAGCAGAGACGGACCGCGUACGUCAUCAAUCCUGGCAGCGUGACGGACCGCUUCUCGCGGGGCCUCCACAACUUCUGCACGGCGAGCCCGCUGACAGGCGAGGAACAUCGGCUGCUGGCCAGCGGAGGCCUCAGCUGGCGCUGGCUCCGCGACGGGGACGAGCCUGAGCUCCUCCCCAGGCCGCCCGUGGGCGACCGCGACGCCCACCGCUCCGAGCUGGCCGCGCGGGACGCGGCCGCCGCGAGGC